AUGCAAGCUGCUUCCUAUGAUAUGAAGUCGAGGGCAGUCAAGUGCUCUGCUUUUGAACCUCUGACCAGAGGAGAGGAGAGAAGGAAUGGAGGAGGAAGAGAGGGCCACCAUGACCCAUCACCCUUUCCUAACUCUCUCUCAAUAGCAAAUGCUUCUACGUCUCUGUUUCUCUCUCAACCUCCCCGUUUCCAGCAGCCCCCAAGCAUUCUCUCUCUCUCUCUAGAAAAUUUACUCUUCCCAGAAGAAGCCAAACUCACCCAGCAGUCCCUGCAACGACGCGUCCAUAUCACCUUAUAUAAUAGCCCUCUCCCCCUCUCUCUCCCUUUGCUACCCCUCUGCUUCUCCUCUCUCCCUCUCCCUCUUUCUCUCUUUCUCUAUCUUUUGAGCCUCUCUGGGCUGGACGGAAUGGGUUCGGUCGGCGAGGGGGUCGCCGUCCGGGCGGUGAAGACGCUGGGGCGGGGAUUCGACCUGACGUGCGAUUUCCGGCUGAAUUUCUGCAAGGGAACCGGAUCCAGCGGCGGCAGGCUCGUGGAGUUGGACGAGAGCAACGUGCGCGACGUCCACAUCGCCGGGGUCGGAAGCAUCCCGGCCGUUCCCAGGGACAUCGGCUGCGACAAGGGCGACCGGCUACGGUUCAGGUCGGACGUCCUGGAGUUCAAUCAGAUGUCGGAGUUGCUCAAUCAGAAGUCGUCCAUACAAGGGAAGAUCCCGUCUGGAUAUUUCAACGCAAUUUUUGACCUCAGUGGAGCUUGGUUGGAUGAUGCUACAGAAACUAAACAUCUCGCAUUUGAUGGUUACUUCAUCUCUCUCUACAAUCUACAUCUAACCGGCUCUCCUCUGGUUCUUCGAGAAGAGAUCAAAAAGGCUGUUCCAUCAACUUGGGACCCUGCUGCGCUUUCUAGGUUUAUUCGUUCAUAUGGUACGCACAUAAUUGUUGGUUUGUCUGUGGGAGGCCAAGAUUUGAUCUGUGUGAGACAGAGUCCUUCCUCACCCAUUCCGCCUUCUGAACUCAAGACACAUUUAGAAAAUUUAGGCGAUUUUUACUUCUCAGAUGGAAGGAACCUCUCUCCUCUGCACCAUAAAACGAGAGAAAGCACUCACAAAGUUCCUGAAGUGUUUAGCAACAUCCUGCGUUCAAACAACAUGCAGCUUGCCAGCUUUUCAGAAUCUUCAAGCAAGGACGGUGUUACCAUCAUCUGCUCAAAGAGAGGAGGAUGUUUCUCAAAUGGUCAUUAUACAUGGCUACACUCGGUAUCAAGUAACCCAGACGCGAUCCUCUUCAAGUUUGUCCCAAUUACAUCUCUUCUGAGCGGAAUACCAGGAAGUGGAUAUCUAAGCCACGCAAUCAACCUAUAUCUACGAUAUAAACCACCUCCCGAGGAGCUGCGGUAUUUCUUAGAGUUUCAAGUUCCCCUGCAAUGGGCCCCUGCAUACAAUGAGCUACCUCUUGGUCUCACGCCUCAAUUUAGGAAGGCUUCUACUCCAUUCGUGCGGUUCAGCUUCAUGGGUCCAAAGCUUCAUAUUAACACUACUGAGGUCGUUAGUGGCGGAAAGCCCGUGGUCGGCCUCCGGCUGUAUCUUGAAGGCAAGAAUUGCAACAGGCUAGCGAUCCAUGUGCAGCACCUUUCCAGCCUACCUAACAUUUUCAGUGCCACCACGUCCGAGACAUCGCGGUGGCAAGGCUCAGAGGACGUAGAUAGCCAGUAUUUUGAGCCAGUUAAGUGGAAGCACUACGGCCAUGUCUGUACUGCACCGAUCAAGCAUGAUUCUCAGUGGCUUCAUGGCACCUCUAGAACUAGACAAGGGGUGUACAUAGUCACAGGAGCCCAGCUCCAAACGCGGAGUAAGCGAUCGAAGAAGGUGAUCCAUCUGAGACUCCUUUUCACAUGGCUGCCCAACUGCACCAUCCAGAAGACGAUGUGGUGCCAGGCACCUGCAACACUCCGCAAGUCAAGUUUCCUGUCAACACUGAGCACCACUUUCACUGCUAGUGCAGCAAAGGAGCAACUACCUAAACCGCUGCCUAACGUGCUCAACUCCGGCGUCUAUGCCGACGGACCACCGGUGCCGGUUCAGUCCCGGAAACUGCUGAAGUUCGUAGACAUGGCAGAGGUGGUGAGAGGACCUCAUGACCCACCUGGACAUUGGCUUGUCACUGGCGCCAAGCUAGUUUUGAACGAUCUCGGCAAGAUCUCUUUGCACGUGAAGUUUGCGCUGCUUAAUUAUGCAAGUUGAGUUGAUGACUUGAUGUUCACAAUUUGGUUUUGUCCAUUAAAGGCCGGGUGGUGCGUUUGUGUAUCACGUAAAGUCCUGUGACCAGGAUCGUGAUCCCCAUGCUCCGCAUUGGAUGGAGAUCACGAAGUUGGUCGCGUUUUCACGUGACGCCCUAACCUGCCUGAACUGAUCAGGAUAUGUGUUGGGGAAAUUCGUGUCUAUAAUGUCCAUUAAAUUUGUACAUGGUUUCGUUUGAAAUUUUUUUCCUCAUCAAUGACAGGGAACCGUGCCGGCUCACUGUUACUGUUGGUUAACUUCUUGUAGUGAUUGAACAUGAAAACCCAAACUUGUCAACAGGAAUGGAAAAAAUAUUAUUUAUUUA